UUUUGUAAAAACUCCAACUAUACAAGCCAAGUACAAUGAUUUGCCGACGGUUAUAAAUGGUUUACUCAUCAACAAUACACAAUAUAAUAAUAAUGUAAACGAUAAUAAUUUAAACAACUAUCGCCAUGAUGGAUUUGUAUACAUUCAAAACAAUUCAAAACAACAAAACUUACAUCAAGACAAUUCAAAUAAUUAUAUUCGUGGACCAUAUUUUAAGAGGAGAUUGAUGAUGAACACAGAAAAUUCUACAUUCGUCAAGCAACCGUCUGAAAACGUAUCUCAGGAGAUUAAAGAAAUUUAUAACGAAAUGACGAUUCUUUUGACAAAAUUAUUCCUCAUAUUUAUCCCAAGGCCUAUUAUUGUUGCAGUUGGGAUAGUGUUGAGCGUAUAUUACCGAUGGAGUUCAAUUAUUAAAUGUAUUAAAAAAAUUAUUUCUUCCAAAAUGCCUAAGGGUGAACAGCCGCUGCUCAGUGAAAAUACUCCCCUAAUCCCGGUUAAAGAUACUUCAAAUGAAAAAGUAGGAGUGGUCAAGGUCGAUGUCGAGGUCAAAUGUCUGCAUCAUUGCGGGGGAAAAGAAGAGGAAAAAGCCUCUCAGGUGGCAACCGGAUUUUAUUAUGUAAAAAAAAUCCCGAAACCUAUUUGGAUUGUAAUUGGGGCGGUAGCUGUCGUUAUUACAAUGCUAAUAUUACAAAUGACGUUGGGUGGCUUUAUUUUUUGCUUGCUCUGGAUUUGGUGUAUAUGGAAAUCGGGACAGUUAAGUGAAGAAAAUGUUCCACCUGUUCCGGUUAAAGACACUUUAAAUGAAAAAGUAACACAGGGCCAGGGGGAAAAUAAGAAGGAAUUCAUAGGAGUGGUCAAGGUCGGCGUCGAGGUGAAAGGUCUGCAUCAUCAAGGAGACAAAGAUGAGGGAGGUGCUUCUCAGGGGGCAAACGGAUCAUCAGCAGUCCACGUUGAACAAAACACAUUAACUAGCGCCAGUAUAGUCGAAGGGACUGAAUGUACAACGGACACAUCAGGUGAAUCUAAUAUCUCAAAAGAAACGACGUAGAAAAUGGAUUGGGAGACAAGAAGAUUUAAUCACAGAAAUAGACAAGGUUUGAGUUUGACACUCAAUGGAAACUACUCGAGUCUCACAAGUAUUCACCAACGAAAUACCGAAUUAGUUAUUAUAUAUAUAUUUUUUAAUAAUUGCCAAAAUUUGAUAUAAGAAAUUUACAUUAUUGUUCAAAUGUUUUAAAAUUUAUUUGAACUGCUAAAGGCAUUUAAAUUUAACGGUCGCAACCAAAC